AUGAAGUUGGCUUCUCUGAUUGCGAAGCCUAUUAAGACUGAUAAGGCAACUGCUACUAAGGAAAGGCUGGAGUAUGCCCGGAUUAUGGUGGAGGUUAAGUUCAAUGUUGAAUUACCAGAAUGCAUUGAGUUCCUGGAUGAGUUUGGAAACACACUUAAGCAAGAGGUGAAAUAUGAAUGGAAGCCUAGGGUGUGUAGGGUGUGUGGUGGGAUUGGGCAUGAUGAUACUCAAUGCCCUAACCAUAAAGUUCAAGCUAGGAAAAUGGAGGGGCUGCAAGCUGGGAGGAAUCAACAGCUCAAUAAACAAAACAAAAAGCCACAAAGAGUAUGGAAGCCAGUUCAAAAGCCUGAUAUUAAGAGCCAGAAUGAUGGGAGUAGGACAAACACCUUUACUGGUGAUGUGCAGGCUGAUGAUAUCUGUCAAAAACCUCAGUUAAUGCAAGCAUGUGUGUUUUUAAUCAGUAGCGGUGGUAACAGACACCACGGAGUAGGUUUAUUUGGACUUCUUAAAACAAAGGUGAAGGCUGUGAAGUUUGGUGAUGUUUUUAAUAGGCUUGGGAGUGAUUGGUCUGUUUGUACUAAUUAUCCCUACCAUAAAGGGGUUCACAAAGCUACUGGGGUGAAGUUUGAGUGUACUAUGGUUUAUGGUUUGAAUACUGCUGGAGCUAGGGUGCAGCUGUGGGAGCAGAUUGUUGAGCUCAGUAAUAAGGUUAGUGGCCCUUGGAUCCUUCAAGGUGAUUUUAACAAUGUUCUGAAUUUGAAUGACAGAAUAGGGAGCAUUGUGUCCUUAGCUGAGGUUGAGCCUUUUAGAUCUUGUCUAAGAGGUGCUGGACUCACUAAUUGGGCUACAGGUGGAAUGUUCUAUACUUGGAAUAAUAAGCAGGAGGGUAAGGAUAGAGUCUGCUCAAAGAUUGAUAGAGUUAUUGUUAAUGAUGAGUGGAUGUUGAAAUUUGCUGAUAUGCAAGCUACUUUCUUUCCAGAGGGGUUAAUGGACCAUAGUCCUUGUGUGAUUAAGCUUUUUGAUUCUGGUAAUCAUACUAAGAAACCUUUUAGGUUUGUGAAUAUUUGGGUGAACUCCCCAGAUUUUCUUCCUGGGGUUAAAGAAGUCUGGGGUAAAAAUGUUUUUGGUACUCUUAUGUUUCAAUGUGUGAAGAAGUUGAAGGAGGUGAAGCAGUUCUUAAAAGAGUAUAAGAUGGGCAGAUUUUCUUGUGUGGAGGUUGAUGAUGUAGUUGCUGAGAAGCACCUAGAAGAGAUCCAGAUUAAAUAG